GAUAUAGUGUCAAGAAAAGAAAAAAGAGAAGAAAAUGGUGGCGGCGGCGUUGCCAGCUUGUAUGAGAGCCAAGAAAACGAGAGCGGUAGGGAUUCCGAUGGUCGAUCUUUCACUGGACAGGUCCAUAGUGUCGGGGCUCAUCGUCAAAGCCUGUGAAGAGUACGGUAUCUUUAAGGUUAUUAACCAUGGCGUCCCAUGGGAGAUAACAUCGAGAUUGGAAGCUGAAGGGGUUCAGUUUUUUGGCAAACCAGCUGGCGAUAAGGAGAAGGCAGGUCCGGCCACCCCUUUCGGCUAUGGUCUCAAAAACAUCGGCCUCAAUGGCGACAAGGGUGAACUUGAGUAUCUUCUUCUCCACGCCAAUCCUUUCUCCAUUGCUGAACGUUCGGAAUCCAUCUCCAACGACCCUCAAAAGUUCACGCGUGCUGCUAUGGAUUAUAUAGAAGCAAUGAAGGAGCUGGCAAGCGAGGUUCUUGAUCUGCUGGGCGAGGGUCUAUGGAUCCCGGAAAAGCAGGUCUUCAGUAGGCAAAUCAAGGACGUCCAAAGCGACUCGGUCCUAAGGUUCAAUCAUUAUGCAGCGGUGAAGCAGCAGGGCCCAUUCUCGAAAGGUUGUCAAGAGGAUCGAAUCGGAUUUGGGGAGCAUUCGGACCCUCAGAUCCUCACCAUACUGCGAUCCAACGAUGUUGGUGGGCUUGAAAUUUGUUUGAAUGAUGAUGGGCUUUGGAUCCCGGUUCCACCUGACCCUACUCAAUUCUACUUGAUCAUUGGGGAUGCCUUGCGGGUUUUAACAAUUGGGAGAUUUGUGAGUGCGAGGCAUAGGGUAUUGGCCAACACAUGUGGUGAUUCAAGGAUGUCCAUCAUGUACUUCGGAGCGCCGCCUCUUGACGCAACCAUAUCUCCUCUCCCGCAGUUCGUUUCAUCCCAAAAGCCAAGGCUUUAUAGGCCAUUUACUUGGGGCGAAUACAAGAAGGCUGCCUACUCCUCUCGUUUGGGGGAUUGCCGUCUUGACCUCUUCAAGCCAGGGAUUUAA